GUCCCUGAUCCUCCUCUCCUCCCCCACUGAGAUUUCCAAACCGUAUCCCUGUGUCCUCCUCAUCUCCCAUCACUCUGGUUCAAGGGGUCCCAGAGCUUUUUGUUCUUCUGUCCUCAUCUCUCUUCCUCCUGGACAAGAGGCCAACCACGCGUUACCUGGUCCCCCUUAGAGACACAUUACUUUGAAGGCACCUACCUACCUACCUACCUGCACCAUUUGACGCUUUUUUCUUGGGACAAGGCUCAAGAUGCCAGAGCCCACAAAGAAAGACGAGACGCCAAACGGCCAGCCAGAAGAAAGUGUUGCCCCAGACAGUAGCGGUGCCCUGCCCCCACCUGGGAUUUCCCUGGAGGUUUCUCCACCCCCAGAGGCGGUAGCAGAGGGGAAAGAGCCAGUAGAGACUGAUGGGAAGAAAUCAGAGCCCACAGAGCCUGAACAAUUACAGGUUGUGGUGGCUCAGGAGACAGGCCCCACCGAGAAUGGGUCAAACCAACCGCAGACUGGUGGGGUAGGGGUAAAAGAGCAAGCAGAGUCUGGUAACUCUGCUGUGAAGGAAAUAGGCCCUUGCUCUCCCCCAGCACCUGAUGAUGAUGAUGCUGCAGCCACUACCCCAUCCCCAACACCCCAAGCAGAGAAUACCAAUACACCCAAGAAACUCUCAAUUGAGCUUCCCAAUGAUAGCGUCCCUGUGCCAGCCAUGGGGAGAAAAGACUCAGUGUGGUCUUUGGGAGAUGGCCAGCCCCCAGAGGACCUGGAAAAGCCCAUUGACACCCCACCGCUCUCCACCCUGCUGAUAGAGAAACCCCAGAGUGCCACAGUCACUGUGGGUGGAGACAUCACCUUUAUUGCUAAGGUAGAGGCCAAAGAUCUCCUCCGUAAACCCACUAUUAAGUGGUUUAAAGGAAAAUGGAUGGAUCUGGCCAGCAAGACAGGAAAGCACUUGCAGCUGAAAGAGACCUUUGACCGUAUGACCAAGGUACACACAUUUGAAAUGCACAUCAUCAAGGCCAAAGAAAACUAUGCUGGAAACUACAGGUGUGAAGUCAACUACAAGGACAAGUUUGACAGCUGUUCCUUUGACUUGGAAGUUAAAGAAGCUGAACAGGGCUCACAGAGUAUUGAUAUUCGAUCAGCUUUCAAAAGAAGCAGUGAAGGACAAGAAGAUGCAGGGGAGCUUGACUUUAGUGGUCUCCUUAAACAUAGAAAUCAAAGGGAGCCGAAACAGCAGGAUGAUACCCCAGAGGUCGAUGUGUGGGAGAUCCUUAAGAAUGCCCGACCAGAUCAGUAUGAGAAGAUUGCCUUCAUGUACGGCAUCACAGAUCUGAGGGGUCUGCUGCGGAGGAUGAAGAAGAUGCCGAAAGAGGAGAAAAAAAGUGAAGCUUUUGCAAAGAAACUGGAACCAGCAUAUCAGGUAGACAAAGGUGGAAAGAUCCGCUUGGUGGUCGACCUGGCAGAUCCUACAGUUGAGCUGAAGUGGUACAAGAAUGGGCAGGAAAUCAGACCAAGUCCCAAUCAAAGGAAGUAUAUUUUUGAGCAUAAGGGCACACAAAGGAUCAUGGUCAUCAACAACUGCUCCGUGAAUGAUGACGCAGCCUAUUCUGUAGCUGCGGGAGAUGAGAAGUGUUCCACAGAGCUGUUUGUUAAAGAGUUGCCGGUGAAGAUAGUUAAAGGUAUUGAGCCUGUGAAGACCACAGUGAAUGAGAGGAUUGAGCUGGAGUGUGAGGUGUCAGAGGAAGGUGCUCAAGUCAAAUGGAUGAAGAACGGCGUUGAGGUUCCAACAGGAGUGCGCUCCAGGUAUCGAGUUAAGUGUGAAGGAACCAAACACUAUUUGGUGAUUGAUGAUGCCUCCAGAGAAGACACUGGGACGUACUCCAUCAUGGCUACUGGUGGCACAUCUGAGGCUCAUGUACAGGUUGACUUGAAACCAUUGAAGGUGUACCAGGACCUGCAGGAUAUGACAGUGUUGCUGGGUCAACCUAUCAAGUUGCACUGUGAGAUUUACCCAGGCAAUGUCCCAGGUCGUUGGUACAGGAAUGGACAGCUCAUCCAACCCAGUGACCGCAUCAACAUCAUACACAGAAACAAGGUCCAUCGUCUUGAAAUUGAGACCAGCUCCCUUCAUGAUGCGGGAGAUUACACUUUUGUACCUGAGGGAUAUUCACAGAGCCUCUCUGCCAAAGUUCACAUCAUUGACCCACCGAGGGUGCACUUGGAUAGCCUUAACUUCCCAGACAACACGGUGACAAUUGUGGCAGGAAACAAACUUCGCUUGGAGAUCCCCAUCAGUGGAGAACCAGCACCCAGGGUGGUGUGGAUGAAGGGAGAAAGGGUGAUCCUUGAGUCAGGCAAUCGUGUCCGAGCUGAAACAUACGGUGACCAGACUAGCCUGACGAUUGACAUCACAGAGAGGGAGGACACCGGCAACUACAAGAUAGUCCUGCAGAAUGAGGCUGGGGAAGCCACAGCCAGCGUCAAAAUCAAGGUUGUAGACAUCCCUGACCCACCAGAGGCUCCCUUGGUCCCAGUGGUGGGGGGUGAUUGGUGCUCUAUGAUAUGGGAACCACCAAAAUAUGAUGGAGGUUCACCAAUAUUAGGCUACUUCAUUGAGAGAAAGAAAAAGCAGAGCUCCAGAUGGAUGAGACUGAACUUUGACCUGAUCAAAGAAACAUCAUUCGAACCCAAGAAGAUGAUUGAAGGAGUGCCAUAUGAAGUCCGGAUCUUUGCCGUCAAUGCUAUUGGUGUGUCAAAGCCCAGUGAGCCAUCCAAAGCCUUCACUCCUCUGGCUGUGACCAGUGAGCCCACCAUGCUGGUUGUGGAUGAUGUCACCGACACCACAGUGACCGUAAAAUGGCGUCCCCCUGAAACCAUCGGAGCUGCCGGUCUGGACGGAUAUUUGGUGGAGUACUGCGUAGAAGGAACUAAUGAUUGGGUGAUCUCCAAUAAGGAGCUGACAGAAAAGACAAGGUACACCAUCACUGGGUUGAGUCCAGGCUGUAAAAUCUUAGUUCGAGUCAAAGCCAUCAAUGCUGCCGGAGCCAGUGCUCCACGGACCCUUCAGCACUCCAUCCUGGUUAAAGAGGUUAUUGAACCACCCAAGAUCCGCGUCCCCAGACACCUGAAGCAGACAUACACUCGCAAAGUUGGAGAAACAGUCAACCUUGUUGUGCCAUUUUUGGGCAAACCCAGACCGAAGGUUACCUGGCUGAAGGAGGGCCAACCCAUAGAGCCUACGCACGUCAGUAUCCGCAAUACAGACUGUGACAGCAUCAUUUUCAUCCGUAAAGCAGAACGCAGCCACUCUGGAAAGUAUGAGAUGACUGUGCAGGUUGAAAACCAUGUGGACACAGCCAUUAUUGACAUACAAAUUGUAGACCUACCUGGGCCUCCUCUAAGUGUGACUAUUGAGGAUGUUUGGGGAGGUAAUGUAGCUCUGGUCUGGACUCCUCCAAAAGACAAUGGCAAUGCCCCGAUAACAGGCUACACAAUUCAAAAGGCAGACAAGAAGACAAUGGAAUGGUACACAUGCAUCGAGCACUACCAUCGCACCUGCAUCACCAUCUCAGAGCUGGUGGUUGGAAAUGAGUACUUCUUUAGAAUCUUUGCAGAGAACAUGUGUGGCCUAAGCGAAACUGCCACCCAAACCAAGAAAAGUGCCCUCAUCAUGAAAGAAGGCAUGCAGGUGAAAAUACAUGAAUAUGAAGACCAUGACUUCAAGGAGGCACCAAAGUUCACGCAGCCGCUGAUCAACACCUUUGCCAUUGCCGGCUACAAUACUACUCUUAACUGUAGCGUCCGUGCCAACCCAAGGCCCAAAGUGAUCUGGAUGAAGAACAAGAUGAUUAUCAUUGACGACCCACGCUACCGCAUGUUCAGCAACCAGGGAGUGUGUACACUGGAGAUCAGGAAGCCCAGCCCUUACGAUGGUGGCCUGUACACCUGCAAGGCCAUCAACGACCUGGGAGAGGCCCAAGUGGACUGCAAGCUUGAGGUCAAAGUCCAAACUCAAGAAUUGUGAAUGUAUGUUCUCAUAUAAGGAGGCUUCACCUUUUACGAACUCAUGCAACGCGGAGUGCCCCUACACCUGAUCGACCAGUACAUGAACGAGACGAAGGUUGUGGAGCAAGAGAAGUAAAAUUGAACAGAGUGCAACGAGACACUUUAUCUUUGCAGACAUGUGCCGCCACCAGUGACCCUCUUCUUUCACCUACUGAGGUCAGCGGCCUUAAGACAGAGGGAGAGAUGAUGGAGGGAUGGGAAGACAGUUGGACGGGGUGUAGAGGAGGGUGUACUGGUCUGUGGUGUGGCAUGCUGUGUGCAGAUUUGGGGCUAGUUAACAUAGGGGGGAAAAGCCAGUUCACAUCUUUGUCACCCUCUUUUGUUUGAAUGACUGUGUCAGCUCAGAUGCAUGUCAGCAAUGUUUUGGUUCUGGCUUUGAUAAGUACAUAUAGUGUGUAAAAAAAAACAUAUACAAAGCUCAUAUAUAGAACAGUGACACACAGCUUCAAUAUUUUUAUGUUGAUCCUCGCUGGGAGUGCCUGUUGAAUGCUAUAAUUUAUUUCUUGGCUCUGAAAGAAGGGAAUGGGGAUGUAUAAACAAAGGUUUGGCAUUGGUAUGGCAUGUCAGAACUUAUAUAUGGAAAAAUAGACAAGCGUAAUGUUGGACACAUGAAUGUGUAGACCCUCUCCCAUUAAUAUUUGUUUAUUUUCUGUGGAGGUUAUUUAUGUGUAAUACGUGAAAAAAUGUAGAGGUUUACACAGUCUGCAUGACAAAUUAUGUCUGUUUUGGUUUAUAUUGGGAUUGAGGCUUGAUGGACACUCAGUCAUGUGCGCAUGCAUUUACCUUUGUAAUUAAGACCCAUGGGUUACAAUAAAAAAGUAAUGUGAAAAAUU